UCAACGUAACCUCAAAUUAGUGGUCACGCGUGUUUACCAUUAGGGAGUGUUUUGAGCGUGGUUUUAACUGCUGAUAUGGCGAAAAAGAAGAGAAAGGGACGCUCGGUGAAGAAGAAUAUCCCCACGGUGGGAAAUGAGGAGCCUCAGGAGAUGCUGAAUGCGCCGCAUUCCUUCGUAAUUCACCGUGGAUUGCCCUGCCCGAAGUUGAGUGACCUCACGCGAGACUUCCGGAAGGUGAUGGAGCCCUUCACGGCCAUGAAUCUCAAGGAGCGGAAGAGCAACAAGAUCAAGGACUUUGUCAGCUUGUCCAGCACUUUUCAUGUGUCCCACAUGGCGGUGUUCAAUCGCUCCAAGGAGCAGGUUUCUUGGAAAGUGGCCAGACUUCCUCGUGGGCCAACGCUCACGUUCAAGAUUCACCAAUUCACGCUGAUGAAGGACGUUAUUGGUGCCCAGAAGAGGCCCUACAUGGACGAGAAGUCAUACGAAUCGGCUCCUCUUGUGAUCCUGAACAGCUUCUCGGGCGAGGGAAAGCAUCUCAAGCUCAUGGCUCAGGUGCUGCAGAACAUGUUCCCCACCAUCAAUGUGUCCACUGUGAAACUGGCCAGGAUUCGACGGUGUGUGUUGUUCUCCUACAAUCCAACAUCAAAGCUCAUCGAUGUCCGACACUUUGCCAUUCGCGUGCUGCCGGUGGGAGUGUCCAGGAGCGUGAAGAAGCUCAUCACAGGCAAGAUCCCCAAUCUGGCCAAGUGUGAGGACAUUGCGGACUUCAUUGAGAAGUCUACUGGGCUGUCAGACUCGGAAUUCGAGGAUGACGAGGCGUCGCAUGUGGUUCUGCCGCAGGAUUUGUCGUCCCGAGGAAGCCUGCAGAACCAGAAGUCCGCCAUCAAACUCCACGAGUUGGGGCCUCGCAUGACAGUGCAGCUGAUGAAGAUCGAGGAUGGACUGUUCAACGGCGAGGUGCUGUUCCAUGAGCUCGUGGUGAAGACGGAGGAGGAGAAAGACGCCAUCAGGCGAAAGAUUGAGAAGAGGAGUCGUCUGAAGCAGGACCGGAAGGAGGAGCAAUCGAGGAAUCUGCUGAAGAAGGAAGAGGAGAAGGAGAAGCACAAGAAAAAGUGCCUCCAAGGGAUGAAGAUUGAAGGGAAUGGAGCAGUUCAGGAGGAUGAUGAGCCUGAUGACGACGCUGAGUACUUCAAGGAGGAAGUUGGCGAGGAACCGGACAGAGAACUCUUCGCACCGAACGAUCCGAAGCGCCCUCCGAGGCCAAGGAAGCGCCCCGCGGACACGAAACGACAUUCUGGCGGGGAUGAAGGGAAAAAGAGGAAACUUAGCAGCGGCAAAGCUGAGAAGAGCAGCAGAAAAUCCAAAUUUUCCUUCAAGGCUGCGCCGGGAAAGGGCAAGAAGUUGGUGGGAAAAGGCAAGAAGAAGUCCAGGAGAUGAGGGAAAUGAGAAUAAAAUCGUUUAUUGUG